CCCCACCCCAGCCCCCCAUCAUCCCCGGCCUAAGCAGCUGCCAUGGCCGAGGAGCUCGGUGCGGCGUUGUCCCAGGCGGGUUGGUAUCUUUCAGAUGAAGGUGUUGAAGCUUGCACAAGUUCUCCUGACAAACGCAAUGUAAAUGACAUCAUCCUGAUUGCUCUCAAUACAGACUUGAGAACAAUUGGCAAGAAAUUUCUCCCCAGUGACAUCAAUGGAGGAAAAGUAGAAAAGCUUGAAGGUCCAUGCGUUUUGCAAAUUCAAAAAAUUCGCAAUGUUGCUGCACCAAAGGAUAACGAGGAAUCUCAGGCUGCACCAAGAAUGCUGCGUUUGCAGAUGACUGAUGGUCACAUAAGCUGCACAGCAGUAGAAUAUAGUUAUAUGUCAAAAAUAAGCCUGAACACACCACCUGGAACUAAAGUUAAGCUCUCAGGCACUGUGGACGUAAAAAAUGGAUUCCUGCUCUUGAAUGACUCUAAUACCACAGUUCUUGGUGGUGAAGUGGAACACCUUAUUGAGAAAUGGGAGUUACAGAGAAGCUUGUCAAAACAUAAUAGAAGCAAUAUUGGAACUGAAGGUGGACCACCCCCUUUUGUGCCUUUUGGACAGAAGUGUGUAUCUCAUGUCCAAAUGGAUAGCAGAGAACUUGAUCGAAGGAAGACACUGCAAGUUACAAUGCCUGUCAAACCUGCAAAUGAUAAUGAUGAAUUUGAAAAGCAAAGGACUGCUGCUAUUGCAGAAGUUGCAAAGAGCAAAGAAACCAAGACAUUUGGAGGAGGUGGUGGUGGUGCUAGAAGUAAUCUCAACAUGAGUGCUGCUGGUAACCGAAAUAGGGAAAUUUUACAGAAAGAAAGGUCCACCAAAUCAGAGGGGAAACAUGAGGGUGUCUACAGAGAACUGGUUGAUGAGAAGGCUCUGAAGCACAUAACAGAAAUGGGCUUUAGUAAGGAAGCAUCAAGGCAAGCUCUUAUGGAUAAUGGCAACAACUUAGAAGCAGCACUGAAUGUUCUUCUUAACAGCAAUAAACAGAAACCUGUUACAGGUCCACCUCUGAGAGGUAAAGGAAAAGGCAGGGGGCGAAUAAGAUCUGAAGAUGAGGAAGAACUGGGAAACGCAAGGCCAUCAGCACCAAGCACCUUAUUUGAUUUCUUGGAGUCCAAAAUGGGGACUUUGAGUGUGGAAGAACCUAAAUCACAACCGCAGCAGCUUCAUCAGGGACAACACCGAUUGUUGAAUACUGAGCAAAAUGGAAUAAAAGAUAAUAAUCAAUCAAGAUAUCUUCCCCGAAGUGAUAUCAGACAGCCAAGAAAUGAAAAACCUCCUCGUUUUCAAAGAGAUACCCAAAAUUCAAAGUCAGUUUUAGAAAGCAGUGGAUUACCUAGAAAUAGAGGUACUGAAAGACCAAGUAGUUCUUCAGGAUCUGAAGUAUGGGCUGAAGAGAGAAUCAGAUGUGAUAGACCAUAUUCUAGAUAUGAUAGAACUAAAGACAUUUCAUACCCUUUAAGUUCUCAGCACAAUGAUGGUGCUUUUAAAAAAAGGGAUAACUCUAUGCAAAGCAGAUCAGGAAGAGGUCCAUCCUACGCAGAGGCAAAAGAAAGUCCACUUCCUCAAGAACCAAUAGAUUAUAAUAAUCAAAAACGUGGGAAGAGAGAAAACCAAACAGCAAAUCCUGAUUAUUUUUAUGACAGGAAACCACGAACAUUAAAUAAUGAAGCUUUCAGUGGUAUAAAAAUUGAAAAACAUUUUAAUGUAAAUACUGAUUACCAGAAUCCUGUCCGAACUAAUAGUUUCAUUGGUAUUCCAAAUGGAGAGACAGAAGUACCACUGAAGGGAAGGCGAGUAGGACCCAUUAAGCCAGCAGGACCCAUCACAGCUGCACCCUAUGAUGAUAAAAUAUUUUACAAUAGUGGGCCCAAAAGAAGAUCUGGGCCAAUUAAGCCAGAAAAAGUACUAGAAUCAUCUAUUCCUAUGGAGUAUGCAAAACUGUGGAAACCUGGAGAUGAAUGUUUUGCACUUUAUUGGGAAGACAAUAAGUUUUACCGAGCAGAAGUUGAAGCUCUCCAUUCUUCAGGGAUGACAGCAGUAGUUAAAUUCACCGAUUAUGGAAACUAUGAAGAGGUGCUACUAAGCAACAUCAAGCCCAUUCAAACAGAGGCAUGGGGUGGCCGUAAGUGAGGAGCACAUUUGUAGUUCCUCACUGUAACUCUUCCAUUCAAAAAGUGUUUGGUACUGAAGUGGUGAUUUUCUUUCCACAGUCAGAGACUUUUCCUCUCUAUCCUUCACCCCAUCCUCAUAAUCCUUACUGCUUUUCCAUUGAUUUUAGAUGUACAUAAACUCAGCGGGACAAUAACUUUAUCAGAUGCCAUAGCCCAUGUAGCAAUUUGUUCUCAACCACCGCAAUAUAUUCAUAUUCUUCCUACCCCUUUGUGAAUACUCACAUGUGCAUUGUGCUAUUUUUUUAUCUAUUUACUUUUUCUACAGUAAGCUUAAAAAUCUUCUAAAUUUUUUCAAUCUUUUAAAAAUCUUAUUAGAUGCUUGAAAUAUUUUUCAGGAAGAUAGAUGCAGGAUAGACUCACUAACUUUUGGAGAUUCUGGUAUUCUUUUCUCCUACUUACAAAUACUCAAGUGAUUGCUGAUGUUUUAUAAUUUUGCAUAAAUUAAAAUAACAAAUUUGUUGGAUCAUGAACAUCAUUAUUGAGGAAAAGAUUGUCCUUUAUUCUUUAUCCGCAUAAAUAACUGACUUAGUUGUAGAAGCAUCUUCUUCUUGAUAUAUAGAAGCCACCAGCUUAACUUAACGUAGCUUCACCCAGCUCCAUUAAAAAAAUACCUAAAAAGCCCCUAAGGAAAAGUCUAUGCGGCUGUCAGUAUAUUUAAUGUAGAGUUAGUGUAGAGUUCUCUUAGCCUCUGAAGAGUGUUAAUGUUUGGGUGUAUGAGCAUUCUUCUUUGUGUAACUGGGUUAACUGUAACAAAUUUGAAGUUAGUCAAAAAUAAAACAUUUACUAUACCAAUAAGGAGGUAACUCCAAUUGGUAAGUUAUACUAGAAAAAUUAAAGGGCUGUAAAGGUACAGUGAACUUGUUAGAAGCCUUAGGACAAUUAUUCAUUCACACUACAGAUUGUAUAAUUUUUUUCAUUUUAACUCCUGCACUAUAUAUAUGCAUUGUGAUUUUUAAUUUUGAAAUGAUAUUGUAUAUUUUAUUAAGGAUUAUAUUUGUUAUUGGCACAAGAUUUUGGAAAACCUCUUGUUUUCCUAAAUGUAGCGAUGAUCAGGUAUUGAAGACUUUUUUAAUAGUUUGUGGGGAAAACCAAAAAUCCUGUAUAUAAGCCAAAAGCCUUUAUAGAAAUCAGUUGCCUGUUUUGUGUCUUAAAGGUGUAAGGAUAAAUCAUUAAAUAAAAAGCAUGAAAUAUUAAGAGACUUAAUGACUAAGAUAAUAGUCCCUUGUAUGGAAAAUUAAAAUAAAAAUUUAGUUAACAGUUUAAAUCUGAGUAUUAAUAUUUUCCAUGAAGUUUAGGAAUUAUUUGCCUUAAUUCUGCCUAGAUACCAAAAUAGAUACCAAAUAUCUAUUUUCCUUUUCCAUCUGGAUGUACCCUUUUAUUUCCAGACAUGCUCACUCAGUGAUGAUAUUUUAGAUGGCAAAAAUUUAUGUUCUGAUUCUGAUUAAAUACUUUAUUUCCUCUAAAAUGAUUUACUAAACUUUGUGGUAAGUUACUUUUUAUUUCUUUCUACCUAGAUUUCACCUGGCUCUUUUAGCUAUCAUAAAAUAUUCUGUCUUAAAUUUAGUGUCUUUAUUAUAGUGAACUCUAUCACAUGUGAGUUUCACAGCUCAUUCUGAACUGGAUAAAUGCUCUAAUUGUUUUUCAAAGGUCUUUAAACAUUGUAGAAUUUUCCUUAUUUUAUUAAAGUAGCUGAAGCAUUAGGAGUCUCUGUAAAAUUAUAUAGGGAGAAAACCAUACUGUGUCUUACUUUGUAUUUCUAACUACUGUAUGAGAAAACAUUAGGAGCCAAGAAAAUCUGCUAUUUGUGUUCCCUGCAGUCCCCUUCCAAAUUGGUUCCUUUUAACUCUAAAACCUAUAUCAGAAAUCCAGUAGAAAGAUGCCGUGGGCAGUUUGGAAUUACUGUGAAAUCCGCUGGUGCUGCUGUUCAGACAAACCUUUUGUGUUUUAGCAUGGUGUUGCUUCUGAAUUGCUUUUCUGAACCUGAAAAAAACACUGUCAAGUCCUGAUUCUCCAAGUAUAUUUGUGAGUUGAAUUCCAUUGAGACUUUUAUGCUCUAAGAAACGUUGUAGAACAUGCUAGUUUCUAAAUGUCCUUUUAAAAAUUUCAUGGUAUUUGCUUCUUGGUAUCAGGAAAUGAUCAUCGUUUGCUGUUGUUUCAACUAGAAAAAAAUAUUAUUGUAUAGAUAAUGGGAGUUCUAAGACCUUAACAUACACAUUAUGGACAGUAAUUCUGGAAAGUAACAGAUGAUUGUUAUUAUCCAGAUGAUUAUCCUGUUUUAACUGUUUUCCUGAAAAGUAUUCAUUUAUUCAACAACUACUCAUUUCACAUCUGUUAGGGGUCAAGCCCCAUUCUAGGUCAGGGAUACAUGUUUGUAGAGAAAACCCAAAAUUUCCUCCCACUGCAGAAAGUUUGAAGAAAGUUUCAGUUCCAGUUAUGUGAAACAAACUUAAAUAUCUUACUGGAGUCUUUAUUCAUACUUUUUGAAGCUUUAAAACAAAAUAGAAGUGGUGAAAAUCUUGUUUACUGAAGUUUUAAUUUAAAUAGCGUUUAGGUCU